AUGUCGCUACCGUCAUCUUCUCGAACCCUUUUGAUCGGUGCAAAUGGUGCUGGUAAGAGUACGCUACUGAAAAUUCUCGCUGGCAAAACUUUAGCCAAGAAUGGACAGGUGUUUAUUGAUGGCCAGGACCCCUUCAGAGAUGGUGUAUCAGGAAUAACAUACCUGGGAACCGAAUGGGCAGGAAAUCCUAUGGUGAGACGAGAUAUCCCUGUCACUUUAUUGCUGGCCAGUAUCGGUGGUGACUUGUUCCCAGAGAGAAGAGAACUGUUAGUGGAUAUCCUGGACAUUGAUCUCAGGUGGCAUAUGCACGCAGUCAGUGACGGUGAGCGUAGACGAGUUCAACUGGCCAUGGGAUUACUUCGUCCUUGGAAUAUUCUGUUAUUAGACGAGGUGACAGUUGAUCUCGAUGUCCUAGUACGCGCGAGACUGCUGGACUUUCUCCGCAAUGAGACAAAUCAGAGGGAAUGCCAAAUUGUAAGCAUUUUUAGGUUCAACCUGAUUGGGUUGUAUAAUAGUAUAUAUACAGACACAGCCUGCUAA